AUGAGUGCAAAAAGUGCAGAUAACGGGUUUCACUCUCCACUCUCCAUGCAAUUCGCAAAUUGCGAAUCCCGAGUUUCGCCUUCGCAUAGUGGAACGAUUCAUAAUAAUAAUGCCACGAAACGUUGCAAUGCCAAAUUCCAGCUGAAUGAAAAGCACAUUCUGUCCAUUCACUCAUUAUUAAUUCAUUCAACAAGUAAAACUCAUUGCUUACCAAGAAGAAUGUCGUAUAAAAAGUCGGUGAUUGAAGGAUUUGCAAACCUCAACUUGUCCCAGAAUGACAAUGACGAGGACGACGAUUUGGUGGCUUUAUGCAGGAAAAAGAUACAAAAUUCCGAAUUCUUUCCAAAAUGGGUAUCUCUCCUUGGCAAUAAACUCCCCACAGAGUCCACCUACUUGCCAAUCUACUCCACCAUCUCGACAAAACUUGACGACUUUGAAACUGAACGAAAGGCCGACACGGCAAAAGAAGUGAGACAUAAUGCCGUCGAAAUAUUGGCAGAUUCUUGCACUCUCACCUUUGUCGCUGUAGAAUUGCAAAAGGAAAACGUUAACCAACUCGUGUACGACUUGGAGGAUAAGGUUGACCAAUAUUUGCUGGAAGAAGGUUACAUCGACACUGAAUAUCAUACCGGUUUCAUCUAUAUUUUGAGACUGUUGAAAGCCUUCGUCGCCUUGAGAGAGAUUAAGACUGGAAAAGACUCGGGCGACAUUAAUCCCGAGUUUAGAAAAUGGAUGGAGGAUGGGUUAGAUAAGAAGUAUGGGUUUGAUAAGUUGUCGAAAAAGGGAAAAGCGGCGGUUUAUUGUGUCAAGCAAACUUUUAUGGGGGAUGUGGAUCGGAGUGCGUACGAUGUGCAGAUAAGCGUUUUGGAAGAGAUGACCCAGCUUGACCCCGACCAGUACCUCUGGCAUCUUGAGCUGCACUACAUUCUCAAGUAUAAACGUCGUACUUCCGGCGUUCGAGAUGAUCCACCGUCCGAUCGAGAAACUCGAUGCAUUCUGCAUGCCGUGAAACUAUCGGAGAAUAAAAAUCCUGCCGUGGUAGUGGCAAAAUGUGCUUGUUUUGCUGCAAAAGUGAGAGCUACGAGGGGCAAGGGACCGUUUAAUUUUGGGGAUGGGUACGACUAUGAAACUGCCAAGGAGGUAGUUUCGCAUUUGAAGGACGAGUGCAGGGCUGCAUUGGUGUUAGAUCCCAUCUCGACCAAAGUAAAUAUCACAAUCGCCGAAAUAUUUUCCGUCGUUUUACUUCCCCCAUAUUUAAGGGAUGUCGGCUUCGCUAAGGAAUGUAUCGAGCGAUCACUUGUGUACCAUCCUAAUUCCAGUAAGGCCAACACCAGGAUGGGAGUUCACUACUUGACUGAGGAGAAAAAUGCAGAAGAAGCACAGAAAUAUUUUGAAAAGGCGCUGUCGGCAGAUAAAAGAAAUUUUCCAGCAAUCAUGCUCCUUCUUCAAACCUGCAUGGCGAAUCCAGCCAAGAAUAAAGACUUCAUUGUGGAAACGAUCCAAAAGGAAUUGUCCGGAGAAGAUGGGAGCCGUUGGGGGAGUGAUAAAAUGGCUACGCUGUUAAUGCAGAAGGCCUUCCUUCAAAUAAUGAUGGAAGAUGAGGCGACAUUAGUCCUUCAAUCUUUCACAGAAGCACUAGAAUAUUACGAGGAAUCCGUAAAAUUCGGAUUGGAGAAAUUGCCUUACUUCAUAAACCGGUAUGGUUGGAAACACGUGAAACUGGAGUAUUCUGAAAUCCUUGAGAUUUUAAAUUCAGUUGAAGGUCUGAGUCGUAGGGAGGAAGGAUUUCGAGGAAAAUUGGUAAUUUUGGUUCAAUCUGUGUGGGAUAAAAAUAUGGAGGAUGAAGAGAAGCGUCGGCUCAACAGGGAGGCUACACGGGGACGAGGGGGUUACCGAGGGGGAAGUUCGGAUUUUAAUGCAUCAUCUUUCUCUCGUGGAGGCAAUUAUUGUGGUCGUGGUCGUGGAGCGAGGGGUGGAGAGGGUGCAGAUGGUAGACCGUCAAGGGGUGGAUUUAGCAGAGGAAGAGUGUCUAACUCUUCUAGCGGGGAAGGAAAUUGGAGAUAGCAAUCGCGAGACAUUGUAUUCUGUAAUAAUUGAUAUCAUUGAAUAAGCAACUAUGCUAAUAAAAUAAUAAUGUAACAAAAAUCAAAUAAUUUUAUAUUUUGGAGAAGCAAUUUAAUUUUUGGUUUUUAAUCCUGUAUUGUUCCACUUUGUUGUUCCAUUUGUUAAUAAUUUUCAUGAAAAGUUCUUCCAUCAAUAAGUUCCUCUAUUUCUCUUAUCAUGCGCUUACAUAUGUUAAGUAUGGUUAUAUGUAAAACUAUCUAUAUAUGCAAAGACUACCUAGUUGGACUUAAACUCAUUAUUGCUAUUGCAAAACCAUCAAAUUAGUAAAUCUUUUUUCAAUGAAAAAUAAAUCAUAAACUGAAAACAAGGAGAAA